UAUAAAAACAAAAUGUCAGUAUAUCUAUUGUCUUUGGCAAAAAUUAUAAAAAAUAAAAAUAAAAAUGGCAGACGCUGCGGUAGAAAAUGCUCCCGCCGACGAAAAUGACGAUAAUUGGCUUUAUGGAGAAUCAACUAAUGAUCAGAUUGAAGGAGAUGCACCUGAUACUAAUGACAAAAUUCAUCAGCAGCAAAGCACAGGCGACGGAGCACCGGAUGGAGAGGAGAAAGAGCAGGAAGAAGGCGAGGGUGGGGAGGGGAAUGAUGAUUCCCACUUUACUGAUGAGCACUUUGGUGAAGUGGGCCGCGACCACGCGGAGCCAGCAAACGGGGAUGCGGAUAGCCAAGACAAUGGAGACUCAGACUCGGAUGAUAGCGAUGAUAUUAAAGUUACUAUUGGGGAAAUUAAGUCAGGACCACAGGCUUAUUCUGGUAUGAAUAUAAAGCGAGGUGUUGGCCUCGUAGCGUCAGGCGGCGAGAAGCCCCGGCCGGUGCCCGCGGCCGGCAGCAAGGUGACGCUGGAGGACUUGGAUGGACCUGGCAGCAUCAAUGGCGUGCCUGCGCUCGAGUUCAACAUUGACACCAUCGAGGACAAGCCCUGGAACAAACCUGGUGCUGAUAUAUCAGACUACUUCAACUACGGCUUCAACGAGGUGACGUGGAGCGCGUACUGCGAGCGGCAGCGGCGCAUGCGCGUCAACGAGUCGGGAGCCACGCUGCACACGCAGCCGCCUCGCGCGCCGCCGCCCGAGCCGCGCCGCCCGCCCGGGCCUCCGAGACACGAAGAGAUGCCGCCGGGCGCGCAGAACAACUAUCAGGCUCGUGAGAACACAAUACAGGUGAUGACAGCGGAGCGGCGCGAGUACGGACGCACGCACGGCCGCGACGCGCCGCCGCCCGACUACUUCACCGCGCCGCCGCCCGACCACGCCUACUAUCCGCCGCCGAUACAGCCCUACGAGGAGCCCUGGGCUCAUCCGGAACAACCUGCCUGGGUUCCCACCGAAAUUAAAGAACUGACUCCCGGUCCCAUGGGGCCCCCUAUGGGGCCGCCCAUGGGGAUGGUGCCGCCGGUCGGGCCCCCGCACACCAUGCCGCCGGUCCACGUCAUGGGGCCUUCGUACGCGCCUCCCUAUCGCUCGCACCUACCUCCGCAUUUACACGAGAGAGAGCGCGAUCGAGAGAGAGAAAGAGAUAGGGACAGGGAAAGAGACCGCGAGAGGGACAGAGAACGCGAUAGAGAUAGACUGAGAGAGCGCGAAGAAAGGGAAAGAAGAGACCGAGACAGAAGGGAAGAGGAGGAGAGGGAUAGAGAGCGCGAACGUUCUCGAUCUAUAAAGCCUGAUAGAAUUAGAGAGAAGUCGUACAGACGCGAGCGGUCGCGUUCGAGGUCGCGACGCCACAAGUCGCGGUCGCGGUCGCCGCGACGCGAGCGCUCUCGCGACCGCGACAGGUCGCGCGACCGCGAGCGCAGCAUCAAGCCCAAAACCAAGGAGCCGAAGGAAAAGGAUGAAGACAAAUGAACUUGAGCUCUUUGAUUGCGCUGUUCGCGUAUUAGUAUUAAGUAAUUAAUAAACAACCAUGUUUUUGAUUAUGGAGACAUAAAUAGCCUAAAGAC